AUGUCCUGUGAGACCUCAUUCUUCAUUACCCACAGGCUGGCUCACACCUAUACAGGAAGGCUUGCAGAUGGUCAGGAUCAUUCACUGCCUCCUGUCUCUUUUCAUAAAAAGAAGUUGGCAAAGAGACCAGGAUACAUGAGACCACAAGCUCCACAACAGAUAGAGUUUCAGCCUCCUGCUCACUGCAAGCCAUUCAACCCAAAGGGGCUUGAACAUGGCAGAAAGCAUUGUGAAGACUUCAAGAACUGCUCUCUGCACAGACUAUGCAAAAAUGACUUUGAAUUCUUACAUUGUAAUUCAUCUGUAAACAGCACCAUUGUUACCACUACUGUGGUAACAACAUCGACCACUGCUGGAAAUAUGACAGGAAGCCUCAGAAAUCUGUCAGAUCUCAGGAUUCAGCCGUCAGAAAAUGUAAUUCUGCCGGUUUGUCCUGCAGCUGCCACAUGUAAAAGAGACUUCUCACCUGUGUGCAGUUCAAAUACAUGGCAGACUAAUCUACUAGCAACUACGUGGAAGACAAUCCACGGUGCUAGAGUAAAGGAGCCACAGAAAAUAUACACUUUGGAUCAGAAGGAAGUGAACAAUAACUGUGUAUAUAACAACAAAGAAGUCACUUCUUACUCGUCCAGUACUUGGGAUAGCUUUAAUUCAAGUUUCAGCUUCAUCCAGCUCUCACUGAACUCAAGUUUUGAAAAAAGUGACACUGAAGGUCAGUCAGAUGGCAGGGCAACGGAACACACACUGCAAACAAAUGCAACAGGACAAAUAGAAAAUGUUAAUUUACACGAACCAGGGGAGCGACUAAGAAGUUCACAUAAAGACGUAGGGGCUUCAUCUUGCAUUUGUAGGCAUGGUGAGGAUUAUCAGUGUGCACAAGAGACCAUAGUGAAAGAUAAAUUGCAGGAUUGUGAGAUGGUAUCUCUUUUGGAUACAGAUGCAGCAUUUUCAUGUUCCACAGAUUCCUCAGAUGCAGCAUCUGCUGGUUCUUCUGUUACCUCAGGCUAUGAAAGUAGCUUUACUGUUAGUGAUCACAACUGGGACACCCUGAUGAGGAAAUAUGAACCGGUGCUAUUGGACUGCUUGGUUGGCAACCGUAGUACAUUAAAGAUAAAAUCCUUAAUGUUAAGGCUUCAGAGGCUUCAAGAAAAAGCAAUAGAGGAAGAUGACUAUGAUAAAGCUGAUAAAUUUAGAAGGAAACUAGAAGAACUGGAGCGAGAGAAGAAUUCUUUAAAAUUUCAGCUUCCUUCCAGGCAUCCUUCAAUUAUCAGCUUCUUGGACAGAUUCAGUGCACAAGUUCAAGCAGCGUUAGAAAGAGGAGCAAGAGAGAAACACUCAGCCCAGAACAGCCAUAGCUUGCUGGUUAGGGAUCAAAAGCUUUUGAGUCCUGCUUACCAAAAGAGGAUGCAGGUUUCAACCACAAAAAGAAACCAGCUUCUUCAAGAAAAGCAAUGGUUGCAGAAAGAAAUUGAAGACCUCAGAGCAAGGCUGGCUGUGCUAGAAGCAAAAGAUGAACAAUUAAGAGGAGACAUUGAAGAGCAAGAUAGGCUUAUUCAGUCGCAGGACUGCGAGUUGACUGCCUUGCUUAGCUGUGUAUCUUUGAGAGAGCUACAGGAAAUAAGCAAGGCCUUAGAUGACACGUUAGCAUUGUCAUAUCAAAUUCCAUUUAGUUUGGAUCUCCCUGAGACCAUCAAGAGCCUUCAGGAAAAAGAACAAUCACUGAGUAUGUCCAUUAAAGAAACGACUGCCAAAGUUUGUGCAAGUCAGAAACUAUGCAGUACUUUGAGGAGGAAAGUGAGUGAUAUUGAGACCCAACUACCAGCUUUACUUGAAGCCAAAAUGCUUGCUGUAUCAGGAAGUAAUUUCUGUACUGCUAAGGAUCUUGCGGAAGAAAUAAGAUCAUUAACAUCUGAGAGAGAAGGGCUGGAGGGACUUCUCAAUGAGCUGUUGGUGCUGAAUGCCAGAAAUGUCCAAAAAUUAGAGAGAAUUAAAGAAGAUUACAACAGAUUGAAACAAGAACUGGAGCAGGGGGAGUCUGCCUUUGAGACAAACGUGAAGGAAGAUGCUGUGAAAUUCAUGGAGAUGCUGGAGGAUAAGCUGCAUAGCUGUGGGAACCAGCUGCUCGAAAGAGUGUGGGAAGCUGACUUGGAGGCCUGUCAGCUGUUGAUCCAAGGGUUUCAGCUGAAAGAAGCUGGUUGCUGUGUUUCAGAGGGAGAAGAGGGCCGAACAGAUGAGAUGGAUGCUGCUGCCCCCCCCCCCCCCCCCCGCCUACCCACAAAAGCUAAAAGAGACUUCCACUUAUUUUCUGCAGAACUGGGAGAAAAAUGUGAAGCAAUAAGUGAGAAACUGGUGCAAUUAGAAGAUCAACUCCAAGCAUCAGUCUGCAACUUGGAUGACGGUUUUAUUCAGUCUCUACAGAGGGAGAUCCAGAUGGUGAAGGAAACUCUGCAGGCCAUGCUGAUGCAGCUCCAGCCGGAUAAGGAGGCAAGAGAAGAUGAGGCUGGAACUUCCUCUGUGACAGCUGGUGUCCAGGAAAACAAGACUUAA